AUGACCGCACCAGCAGUUCGUGUGGCCCGAACGGCCGCUACACGAGCCCGUAGUCUCCUCGCAACAGUGCAAUAUACCCACCCCCCCAAUUGUCCCUGUCACUCCAACCCCAAUCAUCACCAUCAUCACAAGACCCCGUCUCUCAUGAACCAUGUCAAGCGUCAUCUGGCCACUCCCACCGACCCCUCCCGUGAGAAGGAGUAUGCCUUUGAAAUGGCUGCGUCGAGCAUUCGAUUCGGUCCCGGCUCCACCAAGGAGGUCGGUAUGGAUUUUAAGAACAUGGGUGCUCGGCGCGUGUGCAUCGUGACCGAUACCAAUGUCGCCAAGCUGGAUGCCAUGAAACAGGCCGUGGAAGGGUUGACGAGGGAGGGCAUUGAGUUUACCGUGUACGACAAAGUUCGGACCGAGCCAAAGGAUAGCUCGGUCAAGGAGGCGAUUGCUUUCGCCAAACCGUACAAGCCGGAUGCCUUUCUUGCAGUUGGCGGUGGCUCCGUCAUCGACACGGCCAAAUUGAUGAAUCUGUACACGGUCUAUCCCGAAGCCGAUUUCCUCGACUUUGUCAACGCUCCUCUCGGCAAAGGACUGCCCGUUGUAAAGCGACUUCUCCCUCUCGUCGCCGUUCCAACGACAGCAGGCACCGGAUCCGAAACCACCGGCACGGCCAUCUUCGAUCUGGUCUCCAAAAAGGCCAAAACCGGCAUCGCCCACCGUAAUCUGAAACCCACCCUGGGUAUUUGCGAUCCGCUCAACACCCGCACCAUGCCCUCCGCUGUCCACGCCUCGUCCGGUCUGGACGUCCUCUGCCACGCGCUCGAAUCAUGGACAGCGAUCCCGUACAACGAGCGUACACCCCGCCCAACCAACCCCAUCAAUCGACCCGCUUACCAAGGCGCCAACCCCAUCUCGGAUAUCUUCUCUCUGCAAGCCCUCCGCAGCACCGUGCAGUACCUGCCUCGCGCGGUGCACGAUCCAGAUGACCACGAGGCCCAGUCCAACAUGCUGCUGGCCGCCACCCUGGCGGGUGUGGGUUUCGGAAACGCAGGCGUGCAUCUGUGUCACGGCAUGAGUUAUCCGAUUUCAAGCCAGAAUCCAGGCUACAAGCAUGCCGGAUACGAUGUGGAUCAUCCGAUAAUUCCGCACGGUGUCUCGGUCGCCGUGACUGCGCCGGCCGUGUUCCGAUUCACGGCGGCUUCGAAUCCGGAUCGCCACUUGGCGGCCGCGGAGGCCUUUGGCGUGGACAUUUCCAACGUCAAGCGCGAGAGCGCGGGUGAAGUGUUGGGUGAAGCCAUUGCCAAGUUCCUGGUCAAGCUGGGUGACCAGCCGCGGGGAUUGAAGGACUUGGGCUUCAAGGCGGGAGAUAUCGAUGGGUUGGUGGAAGGAACGAUCCCGCAGAAGCGAGUCUUGAUGCUGGCACCGAAUUUGAGUGAAGAGUUGGAGGCGGAAAAGGGGGAGUUGAGGAAGUUGUUGGAAGAGUCGUUGGAGUAUUAG